CAUUCAUAUGGCUAUUAUCUUCGAGUACGACAGUAUCAUCUCUUUUGCCAGUUUUGACAGAUGCACCCUCGUCCCUUUACAAAUUAUUUAGGCGCCCUCCCCCAACUCUGACUUCUAGGUAUGAAUCUUCAUCUUUUACUGCGUUACUCGAGACCGAAUUCCUUUCAACGACGUCAAUGAUGUGGAAACUUACUCUGUCCGUCCUAGGGUUUCUCGCUGCCCAGGGAGCAGCGCAAUGCAGCCGCGAGGACCUCAUCGCCGCAACCGACAGCCUCCUCGCCGCGCAGACCGCCGGAACACCCGACACUGUGUCUCCCCUGGCCGACGAGGUCGCCUACCUGGAAGCAUUCAAGACGGCCAACAGAGCAACCGGUAUCCUGUCCCAACCGCUCAAGAUCGACUUCAACCGUAGUCUGCACGACACCACGGCCUGCGCCACGUACACGGAGAUCGUCGUGACGGACGCAGCACACCCAUACGUCAUAGGCACGCAGAUGCGCUUCGUCGAUGGCAAGAUCGCCAACAUCAGCUCUCUCGUCACCGACAAGGGCGACUGGCUGUUCAACGCAACCGGCACCUACUACUGGGCCUCUCGGGAAAAAUGGGACCCGAUCCCCGAGGCAGAGCGCGACUCUCGCGAAGUAAUCCAGGCCGCUGCCGACGCCUAUGCCGACCUUUUUAACGACAAAUCCGUGCAGGUUCCUUGGGGCAGCCCCUGCGCACGUCUUGAAGGUGGCGCGUAUACCGGAUCGGGGUCGGCUAACGACAGGUGCGAUGUCGGUGUUCCAAAUGGUAAGUUAUGGGAGUCCACAAUCUUGAGUCCACUGCGCACUGCAUGUAACUAAUAUGUCGAUUCGUAGGAGUCGCACUGACGAACCGUCGCUACGUGAUCGAUGAAACUUUAGGUGCUGUCGACGUCUUCAUUGACUUUGCCACCGUCCCAGAUAGCCACGAGUUCCGGGUUGAAAAGGGGAAGCUUCGAUAUGUCCACACCAUAACUGUGAUGGGGGGCUAGAGCGAUAUGAAGGACGAUAAAAAGUCGGCUUGUUAGUGUAGUGAAAUAUAGGGGUUAAGGCAAAUAGGUACUGAAGGCUUCGGUCCCUACCUGCAUACCCUAGGUAGUAUAGUAUAUAUGGGAAAAUGUUUUCUAAUGACUUGGAAAUGAAGAAGAGUUUCAUGAUACCUACGCCCAAUAGCAUCGAAGCAUAUACCGAUACAUGUUUACUUCCCGAGGUCCAGAUUACCAACAAAAUAUACGAUUGCGAUAAAUCUAGCGGCGUGGUACAAAAUCCAACCAAGUAACUUG